UAUAGGGAGUUCAUAAUUACAACUAAAAAGUAAUGGUAGCAAACAAAUGUUUCGCCUAGCUUUAGUUUUCCAACCCACGAGGCCGCUAUUCUAUUUCAGCAUAAGAACUUUCCACAACCAUUUCUCAAUCCUAGAAGAAAACCUUUGCUCCAAAUUCUUAACUUCAUGCACCCAAACCUCAAACUUGCUUCAUGGACAAGCAAUCCAUGCAAAAUUCAUCAAAGGCUCAAUCCCGCAUUCUCUUUAUCUCCAAAACCAUAUCCUCAACAUGUACUUAAAGUGCGGAGACCUCAUCAACGGCCACAAACUGUUCGAUGAAAUGCCUGAACGCAACGUGGUGUCAUGGUCAGCGAUGGUUUCUGGCUUUACCCAACAUAGGUUUUACAACGAAGCUCUCUCUUUGUUUGUUUACAUGAUGAGGGAUGGAAACUCAAGGCCUAACGAGUUCACUUUUGUUAGUGUUCUUCAAGCUUGUUCUUUGCAUGAAAGUUUAGCUUUAGCUUACCAAGCUUACGCUGUCGUUUUACGUUUGGGGUUUGGGUCGAACGUGUUUUUAGUCAAUGCUUUUCUGACAGCUUUGAUGAGACAUGGGCAAAAAGAGGAAGCUUUUGAGGUUUUCGAGAAGUGUUUAAAUAAAGAUAUCGUGACUUGGAAUGUUAUGUUAAGUGGUUACUUGGAAAGUUCUUGUUACGAAUUGCCUAAGUUUUGGGUUCAAAUGAACAAUGAAGGAGUUAAACCUGAUUGCUUUACUUUUGCAAGUGUUUUAACUGGCUUGGCUUCUCUUGGUGAAUUAAACAUGGGUUUACAAGUGCAUGGUCAAACGGUUAAGUCUGGUCAUGGUGGUGAAAUUUGUGUUGGGAACUCUUUGGUUGAUAUGUAUAUAAAGAGUCAAAGACUUUUUGAUGGAUUGAAAGCUUUCAAUGAAAUGGGUGAAAAAGAUGUUUGUUCUUGGACACAGAUGGCGGCUGGAUGGUUAGAGUAUGGGCAACCUGAAAAGGCAUUGGAAGUUAUUGGAGAAAUGAGGAUGAUGGGUGUAAAUCCCAAUAAGUUUACUCUUGCUACUGCUUUUAAUGCUUGCGCUAAUUUGGCUUUUCUGGAAGAAGGGAAGAAGGUUCAUGGGUUGAGAAUUAAACUUGGGGUUGAGAUUGAUGUUUGUGUGGAUAAUGCAUUGAUUGAUAUGUAUGCAAAAUGUGGUUCCAUGGAUGGUGCAUGGGGUGUUUUUAAGGUCAUGGAUGAUCCUUCUAUUGUUUCCUGGACGACAAUGAUAAUGGGGUGUGCGCAAAAUGGACAAGCUAGAGAAGCUCUUAAGAUUUUUGAUGAGAUGAUUGUGAAGGGUAUAAAACCAAAUUAUAUUACGUUUGUUUGUGUGCUUUAUGCAUGUAGCCAAGGAAUGUUUAUUGAUGAAGCAUGGAAAUAUUUCUCGUCCAUGACAAGUGACCAUGGUAUCUCCCCUGGUGAAGAUCAUUAUGUAUAUAUGGUACAUGUACUUGGUCGUGCUGGACAUAUUAAAGAAGCUGAAGAAUUAAUCUUUUCAAUGCCGUUUCAGCCAGGUGCAUCGGUUUGGCAAACUUUGCUUAGUGCUUGUCAAGUACAUGGGGAUAUUGAAACUGGGAAGAGAGCAGCAGAGCAUGCAAUACAUCUCAACAGAAAGGAUCCUUCAAGUUAUGUGUUGUUAUCAAACAUGUUUGCUGGAUUCAACAAUUGGGAUGAUGUGGGCAAAUUGAGAGAACUAAUGGAGACUAGGGAUGUAAAAAAAGUACCUGGAUCCAGUUGGAUCAAAAUAGAAAAGGACUGCUCAGUACCUCCAGCACCCAAGUAUUUAUUUUAUUGAAGUCUGAUUAUUUGAGUUUUGUUCUUGAUGAAGUACUCAUAAGUAUGGAACCUAAAACCAAUUAGUAAUAGAUAGAGGCUCACCAAACUUUAACUGAUGUCUGAUGACACUUCAGUUAAGAAACUCCAGAAAGGAGUGAUCCAACUUCAAGACCCAGGUCUAAAAUUUUUCUACAUCUAAGUUGAUGUGAACAGUUACAGGCUUAGUUGCAAUAGAGGCAACUCGUAAGGCUACUGCCACUUGCUCUAUAUCUCCUAGAAAGCAGAGAUCAGGGCAUGUUUUCAGGCUUUACAAACUGAAGUUGUGGAUACAGGUACCAGGUAGCACAGCAAUGCAAAAUGAGUAUGCAGGUUAUUUAGAGAUGAUUAUAGGUCUUAUGAAGUAUCUGUGUUUUGCCCCUGUUUCCUCCAAACAGAUGUACUCAGCAGAGGCAAUCUCACCACUGUGCCAAACUAACCCCAGUUAUGGAGACAGCAAACAGACCUGUAGACUAACACAAACAAAGCUCUUUGCUGGUGCAAAAGGAAAAAGCUUCGCAGGAAUUACAUCUUUUCUAUUGUAUUUUUUGGUCAAGCAAUCAUUUUAUAUAUACAUGUUGAAAUUCAUGUCAAUUUCAUGUUGUAGCAACUAUUCAGAUCAACUCAAUUUGGAAAUGGUUUUAUGGCUUACUAACGCCAUGUAUGCA